AUGUGUCAGGCAUCUCAUGCAUCCGGCUCCACCGUGUAUAUUGACACUUCGGACGCCAUGUUGACAAAGGAUUCUAAGAACAUUCCCCUAUGCACAUGUACUGCCACACUUGUGAUGACCAAUUUCUUCACUGCGGAGAUUUCUGGACCUCAAAGCACCUGUGGUUCAAUAUUGAAAUUUCAAACAUCAAAUAAGGCCAUUAAAACAACAUCAGAGGAUUGCGCACUGACACAGCACGAGUUUGAGAAAUGUGCCCAGAAGACAAAUACCAAUGUCACAGUAGUGGAGAGUGUAUUCCCCUCAGCUACAUGUAACCAAGUUAACAUACCAACCGCAGUCCUUUGUGAAAGUAGAGCCAGUCAUUGUGGUUGUGUGCGAGCAAAGUAUCCACUUUUCAACGGCAACGACAACUCCAACUACUACAACAAUACCAACAACUACGACAACUCAAACUACUGCAACUACUACAACAAUACCAACAACGACGACAACUCCAACUACUACAACAACUAUGACAACUCCACCUACUAUAACAACUCCAACUACUACAACAACUACGACAACUCCAACUACUUCAACAUCUUCGACAACUCCAACCACUACUACAAUACCAACAACUUCGACAACUCCAACUACUGCAACAGUACUUACAACUACGACAACUCAAACGACUGCAACUACUACAACAAUACCAACAACGACGACAACUCCAACUACUACAACAACCAUGACAACUCCAACUACUAUAACAACUCCAACUACUACAACAACUACGACAACUCCAACUACUACUACAAUACCAACAACUUCGAUAACUCCAACUACUGCAACAAUACCAACAACUACGACAACUCAAACGACUGCAACUACUACAACAAUACCAACAACGACGACAAUGCCAACUACAACAACUACGACAACUCCAGCUACUACAACAAUACCAACAACUACGACAACUCCAACAAUACCAACAACUACGACAACUCCAACUACUACAACAAUAUCAACAACUACGGCAACGCCAACUACUACAACAACUACGACAAUUUCAGCUACUACAACAAUACCAACAACUACGACAACUCCAACUACUACAACAAUAUCAACAACUCCAACUACUACAACAAUAUCAACAACUACGACAACUUCAACUUCUACAACAACUACGACAAAUCCAAAUACUACAACAAUAUCAACAACUACGACAAGUCCAACUACUACAACAAUACCAACAACUACGACAACUCCAACUACUACAACAACUCCAACUACUACAACAAUAUCAACAACUACGACAACUCCAACUACUACAACAACUACGACAACUCCAACUACUACAACAAUAUCAACAACUACGACAACUCCAACUACUACAACAACUACGACAACUCCAACUACUGCAACAACUACGACAACACCAACUACUACAACAAUAUCAACAACUACGACAAUGCCAACUACUACAACAACUACAACAACUCCAACUACUACAACAAUACCAACAACUACGACAACUCCAACAACUGCAACAUUACCAACAAAUACGACAAAAACACACUCUGAAAUAACACAAAUAAUAACAACAAUUGCUACAUCGCCGAUAACAACUAUGCUUUCAAAAGCAACUACAAAAACAGCAUCACAAAUCCCUAUAUCACAAACUUCUUCAUCAACAACAACUACUACAACACCACCGACUGCUCAAUCUUCACUUA